GGGUGUAAAUCCCAGAGGAGGGAGAAUGUUUGGGAUUGUCCAUCUCGGGGUGGCCUGCGUUUUUCUCGUUGAAUCCCUAAAAGGGCAGCGCCAUCCAGCUCUAGCAGGUUCGGACAUAGAGCAGGACUUGCAAGACUUUGUACGGCGACUGACUCAGCAGCAGAUGCAAACGACACAAAACUUGAUGCUGCCGCGACUUCAGUUGCCAUUGAUGGGCCUCGGCGAGGAAGGGAUGCCUUUUCAAGUGCCCUUCUCUGGUGGGGCCCGGAGUUUUGCAAGUUCUUCCAUAAAAAGGCCCCAAGGCAUGGGACAAGCUGAAGCUGUGGCUUAUGCGUCUGUUAAGGAUGUUGAAAGAGAGGAACAUCUUGGAGAUAGUGAUGUGUCAGAUAAAAGUUCAAGUACAGUUCAAGCAUUUUAUAAAAAGUCUCCUACUCCAGUUGAAAGUUCAGCCGAUUCUUCAGGAAGUUCAAGUUCACAGUCUGGCCCAUUUACACUUAAACAUCAACAGGUUCAAACUGUCAUCAAAGCUGAUGAUGAUUCUUUGAGUGAUGUGUAUUUUGUUGCCAUUGUUGCUGGUUGCUGUGCAGUUGGAAUAUUUGGUGUUAUUUCAGCUGGCAUUUGCUUCUAUAGGUUACAAAAAAGUCGGAAAGCUGCCGCAGACGUAGAUUAUCCGGCAUAUGGAGUAACUGGACCAAGUAAAGAUCUCGCUUCCUCUCCUCCAAAUGGGGAUCGGAAACUGGCUCAAAGUGCACAGAUGUAUCAUUAUCAGCAUCAGAAACAGCAGAUGAUUGCUGUUGAAAAAGCCGGAUCAACUAAAAAUGCAUCUGCAUCUGAUGUAGAUUCAGAGGAGGAAAAUGAAGAAGGCGAUUACACUGUAUACGAAUGUCCGGGACUUGCACCUACAGGAGAAAUGGAAGUGAAGAACCCCUUAUUCCACGAUGAUUCCACUCCUGUAUCGCCACCUGUACUCCCUUCCAAAUUAGAAAACCACCAAGACAACUAAAUUCUUUAUCCUGCCAUUAAGUACCCCUCGCAAAUCCUUUCUAUGUCAUGUUCUCUUCUAAACUUUACAUGCAAGUAGUUACAGUAGCAGAAUUGAACAGCACAUAGUAAACCAUGAAGUUUAAAAAGAAUAUAAAUUUUUAAAAGUUUUUUUUCUCCUGAAACAGUAUAUUAUUGUCUUCCUUACGCACAAAAAUUAUAUGCUUAAAAUUAGAGGCUAUUAGUUUUUUAAACUUGUGUAUCUAGCCCAUAGGUAAUAACAAAUGUCUGCCAGAAUAUCCAUACAUUGAUUAACCUAUCCAAAGCAUCCUUUGUCAUAAUAAAUGUUUAUGUCUAUGUAUAUAUGUGUAUAUGCAUGCACAACACAUGCAAUAUCUUAUUUAAGAUGUUUGAAAUAGUUAUUUCUUUUUUAAUAUUUUUAAUUUAGUCAUUUAUUUAAAAUAUUUAGAAACUAGUCAGACCAAAGUAUAUAGGGAUUUACUGUACAAAUGUAAGUUUCAUUUUACUUUGUAAGAUUCCUUUCUUAAUACUGAUAUAAAAGUCUAGUCAAUGAUAAGAUUAAAGUAUUAUUUAUUUUAUGUACUUUUAUCAGCUGGAGAGAAAUUGCAUUUACUGUUUUUACAAAGUACUUCUUUAAAGCUUGUUGCAUUUGUUUAAUAUUUUUUUACUUGUUAUUUUGUUCUUCUAGUCAGCUGCCAGUAAGUAUAGUUUGGUAGCGCGAAUAGCGAUUUAUUUGAGGAAUUUUAUCCCUUUUAAACUAAUGAAGUGAUACACAAACAAAGUUUAAUUUAAAAAAAAAAAACACUUGGUUUCUUCAGAACCUAGUCUGGAAAGAGUUUGAAUUUAGUUUAAUUUAUAAAAAAAUCAUCAACAAAAAAGGAUACAGGACCUCUAUUCUUAAGAGUUUCCGUGCAAAUAAGGUUAUGCGCAUUAAUUCAUUUAUAAUAUAUCAGUUAUAUAUAUGCAUAAAAUGUAAUACAGCAUUAUUUAUUUGAAAGUAUUUCAAAGCUUAUAUACAAAUAGUUUUAAUGCAUACAAAGGUUUUUUUUUUUUUUUUUAAUUAAAUUCAUGAUGCCAUUUUUCCUCAGACUGGCUUUAGAAAAGGUUAAUUGGCUUAGUAAUUUAUUUUAUUUUGGAUAAUUGAAAUCUGUAUCAUAGAAAAAUGUUUAGUCAGCUCUAUUAUUCUGUCCAUGUAGAUGAGUACUUAUGUAAUGGAGUGGUGUAAGUGCUGGGUUCAAUUGUGCCAAUUGAAAAUAGACAUGCCUAAUUUUUGCGCCUUUUGGGGUGUGAUUGUGCUGCAAUGUUUUAUCAUAUGCUUUUGGUAUUGCAGUUUUCUCAUUGGUUCACAAAUACUAAAGAGUACAAAUAAUAGUGAACCAAGAAAUAAUUCUAGAAAAAGAAUUUUUCAGUAGGAGUUUUACGCAGACACUCGCACACAAACUUGAAAUACAUUUUGUUUGUAAAAUGUAGAUUGGUGUUUUUACAAUAAUAAAAUUGUGAAGUUUUCAAUUAUUUAAUCUUAUGUAUGAAGAAAUAUGUAAAACAUUUCUAAGUAAAGUUUUAACAAGGGUUGUAGAAUCGUUUGGGCUAAUUUUAGAGUAAAGGAGUCUGAGGUUUUAAAAUUCUAAAAGUUAGAAUCAGAUUGGUUUUGGAGUAAAGGAGUCGGGAGUUAGUCAGAAUUAAGUUAUUUAACUUUUGUUAAAGAGCAGUUAUUCUGUAAGUUCCUUUUGUAAUUUUAUUCAUCAAUGCUGUUAACACUUUAUUUAAACCUGCUUUAAAACAUAGUUCUGUUGAGCCAAAAUAAGUAUUUUUAUUUCUGCUUUAAAGGUGCUCCAAAACUCCUUUUCCACUUACACCACUGGUUAUGUAAUUACAUGCAACGUAUUUUAACAAAAAAUAAAUGAGGGACUAUUAAUGGCACGUUUCAUUUAAAAAUGCACUCGGUUGUCUUUCUUUUUUUUGAAACUGAUCUGCUGUAAUCAACAAAUGUUAAAAAGAUUUCACCAACUUAUGUUUUAUGUGAACAUGCUUUAAUCAAUUUACUGUCAGCAAAGAGUAUUGAAUAACACUUUUAUUUGUGUUUUGCAUAGGUAACCUUCCUGAACCAUAGUGGAAAAAUAUCAGACUUUAAUAAUUUCUUUUUUUUUCUUCAAUUUUUUUUAAAGCUUUUAAUGUUAAGUUUUCAUGUUUGGUAAUUUUUGUGCCCCUAAUUUAAAAAUUAGAAUUCCUCCUACCAGAAAGAGUUCAUAUCAACUAUUGAUUCCUUAUCUGUUUAUAAUUUUGUCAUUGGUGUUUGGCUAAUCCUCUAUUUUUAUUUUUUAAGCUGCAUGCUUAUCUGCUCUUGGCUUUUGUCGUAUGUCUUUUCAUCCAUAAGCUUAUUACUUUUUGCAUUGAAAAAGGCGUUCCCUGUAAUGCCGAAACACGUGUCUGCAGUAAUCUGCAAUUUUUGCUUUUUUGACAUUUUUUCUUACUUUACUUUUCAGCACAAAGGUAUUUAUUUAUCUUAUUGUUUUUGAAUCUUCAAAAGGCUUCAAUAGGGAGUUAAAUAGUGACUUUGAUUGUUAUUGUUUUGUUCUAUGACAUUUGAUUUAAAAUAACUUUGUGUUGUUGUAAUAUUGUUUUAAUAAAUCAACAUUUUCUUAAAUUUGUUCUAAAAUUCCGAGUGAUUUUCCUUCAAUGACUAUUUGAUAUUCUAAACUAUUCAAGACUUGCUCGUGUACAUCCUGCCUCCUCUACUCUGCAAUUGCUUGAGACGAUAUGUUUUGCACAUUAUGGAGAAGGAAUUAAUUUCAUUUAACUACACUAGCAAAUUUGAAAUUUUUACCUCUGAAAUCAUAGUAAAGCGGGGCAAAAUUAAUAAAUAAAAGUAAUAAGAUUUAACAAGUUUAUUUUUAUUUUAUUUUCAAUUAUGUUUUUCUAUAAGAAAAUAUUAUGAGUUCAUAGUUAAAGUGUUCAAGAUUCAUUGCUGCACACUUUUAUUAUUAUUAUUUUUUAAUUUAAAAUUAAAAGUUGCUUGUAAGGAAGGGUACAGGGAUCAAGCAGUCUGCUCUUACAAGGCAACAGAAAAAUGAUGCAGUCUAGUGGUUGCUGAAGUAUACUUUUCGAAUCAUUUAUCAUCUUUUGACAAAACCACGUUAGUCAGCAGAAGUAUUUGUUUGAAAAUAGGCUUAGGAAAAGGCCUGCCAGUCAAACCUUCAAGUGCAUUUUUCACGAAGUUAGCUUUUUUUGACUUGAGGGGUCCCUGUAGCCUUCAUAUGGCUCUGUUUUUGAAACAAUGUUAUUCUCUAAGUCACUGAUAUCAUUUUAUUUUUUCUAAAUUGUAAAAAGUUAUUAUUUUCAUUUUAACUAUUUAUAUUAGUAGCGAAAUUUAACUUUAAAAAAUAUAUAGUUCUACAUAAUUGAAAUUGCUGUGGAAUUUAACAGUGAACAAAUUCAUUGCUUACACACAAAAAAUAUGUCACAUUACUAACAUAAAAGUUAAAGCGCUGAUUACUUUAUUAUCAAUAUCUGCAGUAAAAUAGUUUCCAUAUGUAAGGAAGUUUCCUAAUUUGAGAUGAAUAUUAGUUGGUGUUUAUUAUUUUGGUCUCAUGAAAGAUCUCAAAGUAAAACGUAAUCUUUAUUGUUGGCUUUGAGGCAGCCUUUUUAAAAAUAUGUAUCUUUUUUAAUGUAAAAAACAUAAAGAUAGGUAUCAUUCAUAGUGAGAAAAAAAAGUUUUAAAGUAGAAAGUGAAGUAACUUUAGAAACAUAUUGUUUCUUUGAAGAAUUGUGAUCAUAGGUGUAAAAUAUAAAGCUUGAAGUUUUGAUCCAUGUAAUAGAGAGAAAUGUAAUUUGUUAAUUUGCAUGAGAGGUUGUUGAUAUUAGAACUAUAAAAUUGUAUAUAACAUUGGACAGACUUGAAUUUUCAUUGUGUGUGCAACUAAAAAAGAAUAAUUAUAAUAAUGAUAAUAUCAAGCCAUCCAAAAAAAAAUAUUUUCAGAACAUCUUGUUAAAUGUUCUGUAUAAAUCUUUUAAACUUUAAAUCGAAACUGUUUUCUUAUGUUGGAGAAUGACUUUUAUUUUGAAAUUCUUUGCAUUGCCAGUGAAAUCAUGUGUAAAUCUGUUUUAAUAAAACUGAAUGCAAAAAGAAAA